CGCACAACCCUCUCGAAUGCUACGGCCGACCACAUAGCACCCCGCGAUUGCACACACCGCACGACCACCCGCCAUGAGCUGGCUCCUCUACACCAUGGCCGCCCCGCCGAUCCUCAUCGUCUUCUUGCGCGCGCUGUCGUUCGUCCUGCCCGGGAAACUGGCGCAGCUAGCCUCGUUCGCGGCAUUCUUCAUCACCAGCAUGAUCAUGAUGAGCAUGUGCGCCAUGUACGGCGUGUUCGCGAGCAUACUCCUGCGGGCCGUGGGGUACGGAGGGCUGAGCCAGUGGACCGUCGCGAGAGCGUUCAAGUGGAGCAUGUGGUUGAUCACUGGGGUUACCUUCAAGGUGACGAACAGCGGCGGGGAGGAAGCGCUGUUGACGCGACCGGCUGUGUUCUUGGGCAACCACCAGAGCGAACUCGAUGUCCUCAUGCUCGGCUGCACGUUCCCCAAGUACACCUCUGUGACUGCAAAGAAGUCGUUGAAAUGGGCGCCCUUCCUCGGCUGGUUCAUGGCCCUCUCCAAAACCGUCUUCAUCGACCGCGCCAACCGCACCACCGCCCGCGCCGCCUUCGACUCCGCCGCCCACACCAUGCGCACCCAGCGCCAAUCCGUCUUCAUCUUCCCGGAGGGCACACGUUCGUACGCCGAACAGCCCGAACUCUUGCCCUUCAAGAAGGGCGCCUUUCACCUCGCCAUCCAGGCCGGUGUUCCCAUUGUCCCCAUCGUCGUCGCAAACUACGCGCACGUUCUCAACGUCAAGAAGCGCGAGUUCAAUCCAGGCGUCGUGGACGUUAGCGUGCUCCCGCCGAUUAGUACCAAGGGCAUGACCGCGGAAAAUGUGGAUGCGCUGAUGAAGAAGACGAGGGAUGCUAUGCUUGAGGAGCUGGUGAGGCUGAGCCAUGUUAGUGGGACGGGGAACGGCGUGCCGCUGCCGAGGACGUCGGGGCGGGACGAGCAGGGCGAACUUAGAAGGCGGAAUUGAGUGUUGAGUUGGUUGCAUCCGAGGCAUGCAAGGCAUUGGCGUCCGGGGCGUUCUUAUGGCAUAUAUCCACGCGGCGGGCAGGCGGGCGGGCAGGCGCUGCAUCGUGCAUCCUUUUUGGUUUCGCUUUGGCGAGCCAACAGGCUGCUCAAGCCAUUUUUACUCUUCCUGGAAUAUUUGCAUGUAUUCCUUGAC